UGGGUUGCAGCCCCCACCCUUGGCCCUACCUAGCAUAGCCAGCGGUGAGCACGGCAGCCUCAAGGCCCCGGGUGGGCUGUGCCUCCCCUUCCUACACAGGAGGGUGCAAACAGGUGGUCCCUGAAAUGUCUGGAUAGCUCAGAAACGGGGGCUCCCUGGAUGGUUUCCAGGUGGGAAUAAAUGUACCAGAAAGUUGCCAUGCAGAGCAGACAGGCUCCCUCUUGUCGUCUGGCUUUGCAUUUUGGUUCUUUAUGCCUCAUUUUAUCUCUCUUGCCUUCACUGCUCACUUUGAAAACAUACCACCAACUGUUGGGAGUCUCCCCUUGGCCUGAGUUCUGUCUGCCUGAUGGGCGAGGCUGCUGGUUUUGCUGUGGCUUCUUUCACUGUAUGACCAAAGCCUGUGUCUGGGAGCCAAACCCUGGAGCCAGAUGGGUAGGAUGAUGGCCAAGGUCUGGAAGAAGGCCCCUUCCCCUUUGUAACACUCCUGCACCCUGUUUCUCUCCAGGGCUCCUUCACUGAAUGGGUGCUCCCAACGAGUCAUUUUUUAAAAAACCUCUGUAGGUGAUGAGUUGCCUUUCAUUUAUGUAUUGGCAGGUGUCUUCUGGGAGAAGGGAGUGCUUUUCUUUCCCACCUUACCCCCCUCCCCCUGAACGGUUCUUUGGUUCAUGUGUUUAUUCCCCCCUCCCCCAUUUAAUUGUUUUGUUCGAGGUGUGCCUUGUCAUCAGAGAGAGAGAGAGAGAGAGUGAGUUUUCAGCACAGUUCUAGGAGGCAACCAGUUAUAUCCAGCACAGUUCUGGGUCAAGUCAUCCCUCCAGAAUGCAUAUGAGUUGGGUGCUGGGUGACGGCACAAGGGCCAGAUAUUAAUAAAGCAGCGGAAAGAAGAAAUAUGAAUAAGGCUCCCGCAAGGUCCAGCCCAGGACGAAGGGAGCCCUUGCCUUAUGGAGAGAGGGAGGCAAGGCGUGACCGCUCUCCAAACCAUGGCAGUCCGCGGAGAGAUGGCAGGAACGGCCGGGAUUCCAGGGACCUCCGUGUGAGAGAUGCCCGUGGGCCCAGGGAGCAAAGAGACCCCAGAGACUUCAGGGACCAUAGAGAUGCGAAGGAUCCCCGGGACCCACUCUACGACCGCUAUAGGGAUGCUCGGGACCCCACCUACAGGAGAGAAGAGGGCUAUGACCGCUACACACGCCCUGAAGACGGUUACCGGAGAAGGGAAGAGCCGUAUUACGAUCGUUACCGAGAUCACAUGGACAGACCCCCCUUGAGUUCUGAAGAACGUAUGAAGCGUGAGGAGCGGCGUCGGGAAGAGCUUUACCGCCAGUAUUUUGAGGACAUCAAGAGGCGCAUUGAUGCAGAGCGGCCUGUGGACUGUUCAGUGAUUGUGGUCAACAAGCAGACCAAGGAGUACGCAGAGUCGGUGGGGCGGAAGGUCCGUGAUCUUGGCAUGAUGGUGGACCUCAUCUUCCUCAAUUCAGAGAUGUCUUUGCAGCAAGCCCUGGAUGAUGUGAGCCAAGGGGGCUCUGCCUUUGCCAUUGUCAUCACCCCGCAGCACCAGGUUCACCACUCCUGCACAGUCAACAUCAUGUUUGGCACCCCACAAGAGCACCGAAACAUGCCACAGGCUGAUGCCAUGGUGCUGGUGGCGAAGAACUACGAGCGCCUCAAGAUGGAGGUGCGGGAGAAGGAGCGGGAGGAAAUUGCCAGGCAGGCGGCCAAGAUGGCGGACGAAACCAUUUUGCAGGAGAGAGAGCGCCCCCCGCCGGCCGAGGAGGGCUCCCGUGGGGGCCACCCUCCAGGCAUCCAGGCUCUCCUGAACCUACUGGCAGACAAUCGCUACUUGACUGCAGAAGAGACGGACAAGAUCAUCAACUACCUGAGGGAGCGCAAAGAACGGCAAUUGCGAGGCAGUGGGGAAGCCCUCCCCGUGUCUCAUCCCAGGCAAGCCCUGGGUGCACCUUCUGGCUCCUCUCUGUCCAGCCUGCCAAGCUCCCAGACGCACCCGAGCAGCCAGCCUCUGCCGCCGGCGCAGGCAUCGACCGCCGCGGCCUCCAAUCCACAGCAGGAGCUGCAGGCCAAGAUCCUCAGCCUCUUCAACACAGGAGCUGCUGCCGCCGCGGUGGCUGCAGUGGCCGGCACAGCCGCGGGGUCUUCUCCAAACCAGGGCUUUGCCUCCGGGUCCAGCGCCCAGGGCCGGGCCGGGCCGCUCAGUAACGCUGGGUUGCCCCAGCCCCAGCCGCGGGCCCCAGGCCAGGGCCCCCAGUUCCCAAACCAUCCCAGUUCUGCCCGUAGCGCUGGGCCAAGAGCCGCAGCUCCCCAGCCGUCCCAGCCGCCGUAUCAGAACCGGCCCCCUGCUCCCAGCGGUGCUCCAGCCUCAAGGCCGGCUCCGUCCUCUGGCAUCAACUUUGACAAUCCAAGUGUACAGAAGGCCCUUGACACGUUGAUCCAGAGCGGCCCGGCCCUCACCCAUUUGGUGAACCAGACGGUCAGCCAAGCCCGGGCUCCUCCUGCCCAGCAGCCCCUGAGCUCUUACCAGCGGCAUUACUAAGGCCCCCGCAGCUCCCCUCACUCCUCUCUCCUCCGUCCCCUUAACGGUGCAUGUCCCUACCCUGUCCUCGCCUGGCCCGGGAGUGGAGGGAUCUCUUCCCUGGCUGGAGACGUCUGCAGAGGGUCUGUGCCCCAUCACCCCACCCUGUUGCCAGAGCACCUCCGCCUGCUUUCCUCACAGCCGUUCUGCGCUGCCAGUGGUCUCCCCAGGUAUGGGGGGAGUGCUGAGGUGCAGGUAGAGGAGCCAAUCUUACCUUAUACCUUCAGAAAUCGAAUGCUGACCCAGGGCUGGCAGGGAUGGACGCCUGCGGGGCUUCCGUUGUGGGUUGAGAUCUCUUGUUAUGUGACCUCUGCCAAAGGUCAGAGGAUCCUUAUCCAGGGCUGCUUUAUCUGUUAAGGAAUGGCUUCUGCCAGCAGGUGGGUCCCACUCGGCUCUGCCAUGCCCUUGGUCCUCGUUCGAAAGGUUGCCCAGGAGGUUCUUGGUGUUGACCCGGGCCGAGCCGUUGGGUGCUGCGGCAGCCCUGGGGUUGAAUGCUGUGCAAGUGUACCCGUUGGUUUUGAACAUCCAAGGGCACUUUCUUUGCAGGCUGCCUUGGCCUCCUCAGUGGCUGUCCUGGGGCCAGCUGCUGAGCCUCAUUCCUGGAGCUGUAAAUGUUCUGUUCUUGAAUGGUUUUGUCAUGUAGAUACCUCUGAACUAUUAAAAAGAGGACACAACUUUUUAAUUAAAAAAUUAGAUCUGUA